CCACUGCUGCUGGAGGGUUACCACAUGUCAUUUACAGCUCUGAGUGCUUUCUGGUGCCAUAGCAGCCACGCCCGGGCUUUUCUGUGUCACAGAUGGCAAUCUAAAAACACAAUCUGCCGAGCACAAAAAGGCAAGGCCACAAAAGAAAUUAGGUUCAUCAGAUGAACACGUCCUAAUCCUGUGCCUCUCAGAACUGCAUCAUUUCUACCAUUUGAUCAGCUGAACAUCUGGGACGUGUGUGUGUGUGUGUGUGUGUGUGUUUGUGUGUUUGUGUGUGUGUGGAUUAGCAGUUUCUGAGGCAGAUGUGUCAACUGAAUUUUUUGUUCCAUCAUGGCUGGAUUAUCAAUGAACACAGCACAGUUGUCUUCAAUGGAACGUCCACAGCCGGGUCCGUCGUCUUCAGAAUGAAUUCCUGCCCUUCACUCCCAGCAGUGUGGGUAAUCCUAUUGUUUGACACAGCCAGCUUUAAUGAAGACGCUGACCUGCUAACAUUCUAGCAAAAGGGACCCUCUCCGACAAGUAUGGGGUCACCAUGGAAACCAUUCCUCCUCCUGUCCAUCAUCAGUGGCCUUUCAGACUUUGCAAGAGCUGUUGCUGCGCGGCCAAUAUCAUAUUCAGCUGUCCUUCAAAUGAGACAAGACAGCUCUUCACCGGUGCUCAGCUCCCGCAGCCGACCUCGACAACUGCACAGUGGUGGGCCGGUGCCUCUCGACUGGUCUGCUUUCUCCAGUCACCCUCUGUCAGCCCUGAGUCUGCUCAGCUCUCAGGAGGAGCACAGGACUGAAGAUACUGAAGAAUUUGGACCUGUUUUUACCCGGGAACCAGAUGAUGUUAUUUUUCCUUUAGAGUCCGAUGAAAAGAAAGUGAUGUUGCAUUGUGAGGCACGGGGAAACCCACCACCCACGUACAGUUGGUACAUCAAUGGAACUAAAGUAGACUCAAAGACAGACUACCGCUACAGCUUCAUCGACGGAGACCUAAUUAUUACAAAUGCAAGUGAGAUCACAGACUAUGGAAAGUAUCAGUGUCAAACCGAGAACAGUUUUGGGACUCUCCUGAGCCGAGAUGCUCUACUACAGUUUGCAUAUCUUGGAGCUUUCGGUACCCGAGCCCGAGGUGGGGUUUCUGUGCGUGAAGGUCAAGGUGUGGUGCUGAUGUGCACCCCCCCACCUCAUUCACCAGAGAUCAUUUACAGCUGGGUGUUUAAUGAGUUCCCCUCGUUUGUUGCUGAGGACAGCCGGCGCUUCAUCUCGCAGGUGACGGGGAACCUGUACGUCUCCAAGGUGCAGCCCUCCGAUGUUGGGAGCUACAUCUGUCUGGUGAAGAACACGGUGACGAAUGCGAGGGUUCUGAGUCCUCCAACUCCUCUGACACUGAAAACUGACGGUGUCAUGGGUGAAUAUGAGCCUAAAAUCGAAGUGCAUUUCCCAACAUCUGUUCUGGCUGCCAAAGGAGUGACUGUCAGGCUGGAGUGCUUUGCUCUCGGAAAUCCGGUGCCAACAAUCACAUGGAGGAAGAUAAAUGGCAACAUCCCCAAAAAGGCACGCCUUCGCAAGUCACAGGCUGUACUGGAGAUUCCCAAUAUUCAGCUGGAGGAUUCAGGAACUUAUGAAUGCAAAGCUGAGAAUCCGAGAGGAGGAACUGUUUUCAAAGGGCAUCUGCAGGUCUACACCCUCCCUCAGUGGGUCAGAAUGAUUAAUGACACUCAGAUGGAUAGUGGAGAGAAGCUCCAGUGGGAGUGUAAGGCCAUCGGGAGGCCUCGGCCCACCUAUCGCUGGCUUCGUAAUGGUUUGCCCUUGACAUCCCAGGGUCGAGUUGAAACCGUGAAUGGGGAACUGACCAUUCACAAGGUGCAGCAGACGGACUCGGGAAUGUACCAGUGUGUCGCCGAAAACAAAUAUGGCGCUGUCUACUCCAACGCUGAGCUGAAGAUUUUAGCAUCAGCACCUGCCUUCGUCACCAAUCCAGUUCGGGUCAUAGCCACCCUCGGGAAAGACGUGUCUCUGGAAUGCAAACCGAGAGCAUCGCCCAAACCCCGGAUAACGUGGAAGAGAGGAGACAGAAGGAUCCAGCCAAAUAAAAGGAUUUUGUUGUUACGAAACAACACUUUGAAAAUUGUUAACUCCAGCCGAGCAGAUGAAGGGAACUACGUGUGCCGGGCAGAGAAUCAGUUGGGCUCGGCAGAGAUGACUGCCACACUGUGGGUAAAAGAGGCCAUGCGUGUGGCGCUCAGCCCGAGCCGAGUGGAGGUGACCGUCGGGGAGAGUGUGGUGCUGAGCUGCAAGGCCACGCACGACACGUCGCUGGAUGUGGCUUUCCAGUGGUCCUUCAACCAGAAACCAAUCAGCUUUCAACAAGACGGCAGCCACUUCGAAUCCAUCCAAACAGUAAGAGCAAGACAGUCCUCGACGGUGGAUCUGAUGAUUAGGAGCAUUUUGUUGAAGCAUGCUGGGAAGUAUGGAUGCAGAGCCCAGACCAGUGCCGACACGGUGUUUGCAGAAGCAGAGCUCCUCGUGCGAGGACCUCCUGGACCCCCCGGAGUGGUGAUAGUAGAGGAGAUCACAGACACCACAGCCACCUUGUCUUGGAGUCGUAGCCUUGACAACCACAGCCCUAUCAGCACCUACAAUUUACAAGCCCGAAGCCCCUUUUCAUUAGGGUGGCAAACUGUCAAAACAGACCCGGACCCGGUGACUGGGGUCAUGGAGUCAGCUGUGGCGGUGGAGCUGAACCCCUGGGUGGAGUACGAGUUCAGAGUGGUGGCAAACAACGCGAUCGGGACGGGAGAUCCCAGUGCGCCGUCUAGAAAAGUCAGGACCAAAGAAGCAGUUCCUGCUGUGGCGCCAUCAAAUGUUAGUGGAGGAAACGGCCGCAGGCACGAACUGGUCAUCUCGUGGGAGCCCGUAUCUGAGGAGUUCCAGAAUGGGGAGGGCUUUGGGUAUAUCGUUGCGUUUCGGGCCAAUGGGACCAGAGGCUGGAAGGAGAAGAUGGUGACCUCAGCGGAUGCGACCAUGUACAAGUACAGGGACGAGACGUUUCCUCCUCUCACCCCGUUUGAAGUGAAAGUUGGCGUGUACAACAAUAAGGGGGAUGGGCCGUUCAGCAAAGUUGUCGUCAUCCACUCUGCGGAGGGAGAGCCAAGAGAAGCGCCGUCGGACGUGAAAGCUUACAGCAUUUCUUCCUCAGAAAUCAGGGUGACCUGGAAACCGCCAAAUCCCGGCCCUGGCAGACCCAGAGGAUAUGAGCUCAGCUACUGGAAGGAAUCAGAGCAGGAAGAGUCGGGGAAGAAACAGCACACAGUGAAAAACGAAACAUCCAUGGUUCUGACAGGACUGGAUGGAAACAGUGUUUAUCUUAUUACAGUAAAAGGCUUCAACAACAUCGGCCAGGGUCCUGCCAACGGUCCUGUCUCAGCCAAGACAAGAAAAUCUCCUCCUGCUCAGCCUCCUACCAACCUUAUGUGGAUUCAGGAAGGCAAUAACAUUUCAUUAAGCUGGGAUCCAGUGAAGGCAAAAGACAAUGAGUCUGACGUCAUCGGGUACAUGGUGUUACUCAAACAGGAGGGCCGAGGUCACAUCCAGGUGACAAGAACCAUUAACCCUUCCACCAUGCUCUCACUGCCAGAGGGGGGCACUUACACCAUUGAUGUGCGCGCCCUCAGUGAAGGUGGAGAGGGAGCCUUAACCUCCCAAGUUCGAGUUGUCACCUCCUCUGGCGUUCGAGCAAAAAACCACCAGUGCUCAGUGCACUGUCUGCUACAGAGCCUAACAUGGACAGCACUACUCCUGGUUUUACUGGUGCCUUCAGCCUCUUGGUGAGGAAACUGUGCUAUUCUCACAUGUAUGAAAGGCAGGGGGGCACCAGUCUCCUGCUCCCUAACUCCCUCUGACUGCCUGAUUGCUUUGGCCUUACCCAUCUGAAAGGGCCCGAGGCGUGCCGACAGGGGGGUUGAGUCUGCCGGUUAACAUGAAGCUCGUCCGAGUCCCAUCUUUUCCUCUUCCUUAUUUAUUUUGAGGCCCGGAUGUUUUGAUUUUCGCACAGUUCUUUCCGAACGUCACAGUCGUGUUGAACCAUAGUGUACUUUGUGUAGAAAGAUUUUGUUUAAUCAUUUAUUUUAACAUUCUGUGCCCCUCUCAUUGACUGGCAUCUAAACCACUUGCAGACAGCUCCUGCAGCUCUGUGGACCCACGGAGCAUGAACAAUUCCUUGAAAGCUGCUGUGGUGGUAACACAGGGAUCAGCCGGCCUGUUUCUUUUCAUUACUCAUCUGCAUCAAUUUACCCCUUGGCUGCCUAACAGCAAUGCAGCAGAAGCUCAGUAGAAAUAAGUGCAUUGUUUUCUUAUUCAUACGCUGAGAAGAAGAAGAAAAAAAACAUUUUUAUAUGGACUCGAGAAUCUUACUAUUUCCAGAUUUGCUUUUUGUACAUUGUGUUACCUUUAGACAAAUACCAGUGGUGUGUAACAGCGAUGUCCAACUCUGUUUUUUGGUAGUGAUAAAGCAAUGCUUGGUGAUACGUUUGUUGGAUGUAUGGAAGUAGGAAACAGGUACUUAACCUUUAGUGCCCAAACUUCUGGAUAGACAAAGACAACUCUGUACGGACUCCUGGUGUCAGUACAAAUAAAUGUGAUGUAUAUUUUUUACAUA